AUGGCCGCCCUCACACAAAACAUCUCGAUAGUCCCGGGAAUUGAACUUUCUCCUCAGGAAGCCAACAGAUAUAAGAACAUUUUUGCUGUCCAAGUUCCAAUGUGUGAAGUUUUUCGAGCCAUUCUAAAUUGGGAAUGCAGCGAAAAGCAGAAAGGGCAAACAUAUGCAGAUUACUUUGAACAAAAGAAGCAGCAAUAUGAAGAUCGCCAUGCUGCUUUGGUGACACAAGAGAACAAUAGAUUUAAAUUGCCAAAAAUUGGACUACCCACAAGUUCAAUUAAAAUGCUACAAGAAGAACCAUCAAGAUAUGAUGUGACUCUAAUGUUUUCUUAUUUGUUUGAGAUAUUCAAAUCAAAAGAAACAUACACAAACGCUGGCCAGGUUAGAAUUCCUAGUCAACUUGAGUGCCUCCUUAAAAAGGCCAAGGACAUGAGGAAUGACGUUAUGCAUGAAGUCGCUGCCGGUGCUGUCGACCCUAUGAAGUUUGAUGAAAUUGUCAAAGCCAUGCAUGAUGUGAUAGAUGAAGCUGGCAACGUGUACAACAUCCCUGCUGAUGAAGUAACGAGUUUUAAAGCUCAGAUAGAUGGCAUGUGGGAUGAAGUGCGCACUGAUAAUGAAAAAGCUAAGGCUUAUAGUUGCUUCUUCCUUCAAACUUUUGGAAACAAAGAAGCCAAAGUCAAGUGGGAAGAGGCGUUGUCCGAAGAAACUCUUCUCUUCGGCGAGGACAAGGUUGAACGCUCUAAAGUUUUCCAUUCCCUGGAACUGACGAUACAGAAACCUGGUCUACAAGCAGGCAGGAUCUCCUACAAAGAACUAUUCUCUGACACCGACAAAAAGUUUAUUUUAGUCAGUGGUGCGUCUGGAUCUGGAAAAUCUACUCUGGUGAAGAACUUGGUGAUACAGUUUCAUGGCAUAUCGGAUGCAAAUGUAGAGAUGAAAAAUUUACAUAAUUUCAAUUUGAUACUUAUAUAUGAGUGUAGGAACAGGUCCAUUGAACAAUUCAGCGUAGUAGUGCAACAGAAUUUUAAGAAUGUGUGUCUGAAACUCGGCCCAGAAACUGUUGUACAGGCAAUCACCCAUUCAAACCCUCUAAUUCUUGUUGAUGGCUACGAUGAAUGUCAUAAAGAUUCGUUUAAAGUUGUAGAUCAGUUGGUGGAUGAAAUGAAAUACCAUGAAUGCCGGGUGAUCAUAACUACCAGGUCAAGCCACGUUGAAGAGCUAAAGAACCAUUUGAAACAAAAACUAGUGACGUUUCAGGACUAUGAAAUUUCUGAAAUUUCUGACAUAAAAGACCAAAUGAGAUUUCUGGAAAAGUAUGAAAAGCAUGUCAAUCCGCAUGCUCAUGAAGUUGUAAAGACCUUCAGCUCCCUUGAACGGAAAAUCCAAGAACUUUUUGUAAAUCCCAUUUAUCUGGUACUCUUCUGCCACUUGGUCUGGAAUUUUCCUGAAAGGAUUAAUAAUUGGACAUCCCAUGCUGAGGUAGCACAUGACAUUUAUCGUCUGUACAAAAAAAUGAUUGAGUCGAAACUGGCUUCCUACCCCAUUGUCGACAAAGACGGUCUUGUCAACGAUUUCUUCUGGGACGUUGCUAAUUUUUCCUUGCAGACUAUUACUGAAAACCAAUUGGUUUUCACAGAAGACCAAGUUGGUGAGUUGAUGAGUAGUUUUAGGGAAACACUCGAGAAACAUGGAGCACGCGGUGAACUGGACCCAAAAGCUCUUGUGGGGGUCGUCUUGAAAAUUAAAAGGCAUCUGAAUGAUUUUGAUUCCUGUACGUACUUUUUUCAUCACAAAAGCAUCCAGGAACUGUUUGCCUCUAAGACUGUCAUCAAGGAACUCCGUAAGAAUAACUGCUUGCCAUACGACUUGCAGGGCGUAUCACGUGCGAGUCUAAAUUUGCAGGGUGUGCUGGCAUACGUUCUGAUUGAGUUGAGUGCUGUCGAGAACUCAAAUGUCUUCAAACGUAACUGGCAUCGCCUGAAGGACGCUGCAAAAGCGGCAGGAGCUGACAAGAUGUUCUGGCAGAAAGUGCUGCUCAACAGCCCCCACUCUCAGCUAGUUGCUGCUGAGACUGCCAGAGUCUACCUGGCCCAAAACACCACCUGGAACAUCGCAUCUGACCGCGAUGCAGACACCUUGGCGCUGCUCAUGCCCCACCAACAGCCCGAAUGGCUAGAUGUCAGCCGCCUGAACGACCCAGUUCCCAAGUCGUGGCGUCAAGUGGCCAGUGAAUUCAGAGGAAUUCUUGAGCUGCGACUCUUCAGUGAACAAAAUCCUUUGCGACCAUGCGACGACGUGGUUGAAGCAUUGGCCGCCUCAAGCUGCUCGUUGUCAAUAUUCACGGGUCGUGUCAGGAAUGCCGACAGCAUCCAAAAUCUGUCCAAAGUUGCGAGGCCGGGGACAGAGUUCAACAUUUACAUGGAGCCUCACUUGGACUUGACGCCACUACAACACAAGCACCGAGAGCUGUGGGUGAUUGUUGAACCUACAUUCAGGGAAAGCUUUGUUGCCCUGCCUGUGUCGGAGAAUAUCUGUCUGCGGGUGAAGCCUGUCGCUGAAAACCAGCAGGAGAGUUUGACUCGCACCAUACUUGGGCUGGCGCCUGCUGAUAACAGAUUGAGGUGGUUGGAGGUGCGUGACUGCGCGUUGACUGAAGCGCAGCUGCUGGAGACGCUGGCGAAGCUGCAGCGCGCUGGCCUCAGGACGCUCUUCCGCGACCAGCUCAUCCAUGGAGGACCCAGCCGAGUGCUGACUAUUCGAGAGAAAAACUUCGCGCUGAUUCUCACCGAUGAACCACCGCUGCUUCCCCAGGCUGAACCCACAAGGUCACCUGCCUUGCUCUCUGAGGCUCCCGCCGUCGGUGGAGAGAACCUCUGUCCGCUGGCCUCGUCAUGCGGGGACCUGGACGCCGUGUACAGGAGUCUAUACGCCCUCAACGUUGUGCUGCCGCACGCGCUACGCUUUGUCCUGAAGAAAAUUUGCGCGCAGAAACCUUCACAAGCUACGCACGUGAAGUAUUUUUUAUCAAAGUGCCUGCCGGGCUUACAAAAAUGGUUGUUUUUAAGAAUCAGAAAGUCGUCUGUGAGGGAAGCUCUGGAAAAACGAGAAUGCGAAAGUGCAGAUUUCAGUCCGUUUGAUUCUCUUCCUCUAAUCCAGCUGGUUUUUGAACUUUUUGAUAUCAGAUCUAGUGGAUUGGUUGAUACUCAAGAUGGAUUGAGAGAUUGCAAAAAAGCUAACACUCUCGUGCAAGAAGUUAAAACGAUCAGAGCUGAGGUUCAUUCGAAUAUGUGCACUGAUCCCUCCAGACUCGCGGGACUGCCCGAUAGGAUCACUGAGAUCGCAUACGAGCUGAUCAGCGAGGCCGCUGAGCUGCACCGCGUGCCGGACGCUGAGGCUGAGCGGGUGAAGGAAGCUUGCCAGGCGCUCUGUGAUAAAUACUCUGAUGUGCGCGUUGAUGAUGACGCUUUUGCUGCGUAUUACGUAGUGAAGGAAAACUGGGAGUGGAGAGCCCUUUCUUCUCUAAAAAAUGAAUUUGCUGUAAGGAAUGUCGUUCGUUGCACUUUGUAUUCAUGGGGUUUUACGCCAUGUAAUGAAUUUUGCGCUGGGUCUGAUACCGAUUUUAUCAAAUUACAGUUUUUUACAGCAAUUAACGGUAAAAUUCCGUGCAUCUUCAUCCACUUUGAGUGUUGUGACUCAGAGAGCACAAAUUUUUCUGACGUUGUCGAGCGAAACUUUCCUGCGUCUUGCAGCCAAAUUGGAGCUCAUAACGUUGAAUAUGUUUUAACGAAACUGAACCCUCUGAUUUUCUUCAGUAGCUACGACGAAGCCAACGCCACGUCCAACGUUGUUGUCGAAGAAACGAUCUACAAAUUCUGCAAAUAUCCAUUUGAGUUCGUAGUCACAACUCGGCCUAACUCAACAGCCUCACACAGCAAUUUAAUAAGAAUUCCCCGAUUAGGAGAUGGACAGCUACUACCUUUUGCUUUGAAAUAUUAUGAGAAGAAGUGGAGGAGAACGUUGUGAGUGCAGUUGCUUGCAGGCAAAUUUUCUUGCACUUAAUUAUCUUUUAUAUGCAGUUUCGUACAAUUCUGCUUCGUUAGCAUAGCCGGUGGUUUUCAUUUAUCGUAAUUGGUCACCAAUUUUAAAAAUUCAAUAAUUUUCAUACGAAUUUCGUUGAUAAAACACUGCUGAGGAUCAUUAUCCAUUAAGUGGAAUAUUAUAAAGUAUAAGACUAUAAUUCAGUACAUGAAAGUUGAACACGUGAUCAAACAUCACUAAGCAACAAUACUUAAAGUAUUUUAUAAAACUAUUCUGAAACAUCGGCCGCCGUUAUACCAAGGCAAAACAAUGACUAAUUUCUUUAAACAUUAACUCUUUUUAAUAUCCUUUUCAUAUUGUUUACACAAACGGCAUUGUUUAACGAUUCCGAACUUGAAACUUCAAAUAUAUACGCUAAUUUUUCCAUUCCAUGGCUUCAGAUCAUGAUUUUUUUAUCAUCUACUGUUGUACAAACCGAUUAGAAUUUCUGACAAGGGAUAUGAAAACUUUGUUCACUAAACAGGGAUUAUAUUAUAGUAAAUACCAGCUGUUCACAUGACCUACUGGCCGGUCGCCGUGCCCUGGAGCUGGUGCCAUCCUGAGCUAAGCUAAUGGCUUCUUUUGUUUUUUUUUUCAAUU